AUGGCUCCAUUAACAGAAGAAGGUACAUUAAUCGUGAAUAACGUUGUUGUUUCAUGUUAUGCAACUAUCAAUAGUCAUUAUGGUGCUCAUAUAAUCUUGGCACCAAUGCGUUGGUGGUAUAGUUUGUUUGGAAUGUCAUCAAAUGAAAUGACUGGUAUUCAUUGGUUUCCAAAGAUGUUGUAUGAAGUGACCAACACUCUCAUACCAUCCAUUAUUCAAAAAUAA